CUAAAGAAUGACGUCAGAUCGGGCAGACAUAUUUGUGCGGGCUGAUAGUUAACGGUCGGACGGAUUCGUAUGGGGAGAGGAAGCCAGGGCAAGGAUUUAGUUCAGAUUGUGUUUACUUUUCGACUUCGCCAGGGAUCGAGGUUACACUGAAAUGUCGGAGGAAAUUGAGGGGACAAAGACGACGGAGGAGACGGUGGUGAAUGACCAGAAUGAGAUGGACGACAAGGUGACCAGUCCAGAGAAGGUUGAGGAGGCCAAGUUGAAGGCUCGCUACCCAAACCUGGGGCACAAACCUGGAGGCUCCGACCUGCUACGCAAACGCCUGACCAAGGGGCAAAAGUAUUUUGACUCUGGGGACUACAACAUGGCCAAGGCCAAGGUGAAGAACAAGCAGCUUCCUGCAGCUGCGUCAGAGAAGAGCGGAGGAGGAGAGAUCACAGGAGACCAUAUCCCCACACCUCAGGACCUGCCUCAGAGGAAACCUUCCCUGGUGGCCAGCAAACUGGCCGGCUGAUACACUGUCCUGUCUCUAACCCUGUCAAUACUCCUAACAAUCACCCUGCUACACCUGUUCCUGUCUCACUACCUCCCCCCCAUCUACUUCUGCCCCAGCCCCAGAGAGACCCUUCCCUGGUGGCCAGCAAACUGGCACACACCUCUAACCGCCUGUCUCUGGUUCUGUCCCUCAUCCUCUUCACCCAGAGAGACCCUUCCCUGGUGGCCAGCAAACUGGCACACACCUCUAACCGCCUGUCCCUGGUUCUGUCCCUCAUCCUUUUCACCCAGUCCUCUGCUUCCCCUCACCUUCCACUCUGUUAUGGCUCCCUCUUCCUGCUCUUCCUCCCCUCUGUUCUUGUUUAUUUUCUAUUCUCAUGUAAAAAUACACUGAAAGCAAGGAUGAGGAUGUGUAGAAGGGAGAGAGAGGGAGGACUGGGAUGACUCCACUACAGGAGGAGACUUUAAAGAUGACCACAACUCUGUGUCCCAGAUGACACCCUAUCCCCUAUAUAGCCCUGUGGGCCCUGGUCAAAAGUACAGUGUACAAAACAUUAGGAACACCAUUCCUAAUAUUGAGUUGCACCCCCUUUUGCCCUCAGAACAGCCUCAAUUCGUUGGGGCAUGGACUCUACAAGGUGUCGAAAGCAUUCCACAGGGAUGCUGGCUCAUGUUGACUCCAAUGCUUCUCACAGUUGUCAAGUUGGCUGGAUAUCUUUUGGGUGGUGAACCAUUAUUGAGACGCACAGGAAACUGUUGAACGUGACAAAUCCAGCAGUGUUGCAGUUCUUGACGCACUCAAACUGGCACCUACUACCAUAUCCCGAUCAAAGGCACCUACAUCUGUCACCCUCUGAAUGGCACACAUACACAAUCUGUCUCAAGGCUCCACAAUCCUUCUUUAACCGGACUCUAAUCAUUCAUCUAUACUGAUUUGAAUUGGAUUUAACAAGUGACAUCAAUAAGGAAUCAUAGCAUUCACCUGAUCAGUCUGUCAUGGAAAGAGCAGGUGUUCAUAAUGUUUUGUACACUUGUGUAUUUAGGGAAUAGGGUGCCAUUUUGGAUACACACCUGGAGAGUCUGUAACAUAGGAUGGAGGAUGGCCCAGACUGGAGCCACAGAGAGUCUGAAAUGGCACACUAUUCCCUAUGCAGUACACUACUAUCAACCAGUGCCCUAUGUGGCUGCCCUUUGAGCAUCUGGCCCAAAACGGUUACAUUACAUAGGGCAUAGUGAUCCAUUUGGGACAGGCAGACGGUCUCUGGUCUAGAGGAUUGAAUGUCGUCUCAAGUCCUGUUAGCUGAUUGUGUAAAUAUUUCUAGUUGUGUUGGAGAGGAGUGAGGCUGAAGUCAGCCUUUUAGAAUGUUUUAACUUAGAAUAUUAUGAUUUACCAAACACGUUGGUGUUAUGUUGUCAUCUAAAUUAUGCUCUAAUGUGCUUGAGUGAUUGAAUAUUAUAACCUUGAUAAUGACUGACCAGAACCUCUCACUGCUUCUGUUCUGUUUUAAAGGCUGCAUAUGUCACAAAUGGCAACCUAUUCAUUACAUAGUGCACCACUUUUAAACAGGGUCCAAGGGGCUCUGGUGGUGAGAAGUAGUGCAUUUUAUAGGGAAUCUCCAAUCAUACCCUUCUUUCUGUGUAGUGCACUACAUUACACCCACUGCCACAUAGGACUCUAGUCAAGAGUAGUGCACUAUUGGCGAGUUUCCAAUGAGGAUUUACCCCAGUGUUUUACCAAAAUACUCAGACUUUUCUGUUUCCGUCUACCCGGGUCGGCACCCGUGUCUCACUGGGCCAUGGCUCCAGUGGACCUGUUCUGACUUGGAGCCGAGCCCAGCCCAUGGCUAACUAUGAACGUUAACACCUUCUCACAAAGCUACUGUCAAGGAUGAUGUGGAGGUUGUUGAUUCUGCUUGCCCCAAGUCUUUAGCAUCAACCUCCUAAUAACACUAGAGCUUCCAUUAAAACACUGAUGACCCACUAGUGUGAGUAAGUCUCAAUGGAAAAGCACCAACAUGUAUGGCCCCAUAAAACCUCCUGACCAGGAAAAACUCUUGACCCUAUUUGUAACCUCUGGUUUCAGACCGGAGGGAGGGGUGAAUGUCACAGGUUUUUGGUGGCCCCUUUAAUUGGGGAGGAUGUGCUCGUGGUAAUGGCUGGAGUGGAAUGGUAUCAAACACAUGGUUUUCAUGUGUUUGAUGCCGUUCCCUUUACUCUGUUCCAUCCAUUAUGAGCUGUCCUCCCCUCAGCAGCCUCCAGUGGUGAAUGUAGAUGUAACAGCUGGAUGAUGUAACCGGGGUGCUAAAGACAUCUUCAUUUAGCUCCAAAUGUUUUGGCCUCACACACACUCAUUCAUCUUUCACACACAGAUACACUCCUCUACACCCCAACUCUCUCACAUACACACACUCACUCCCACUCUCCUUAUUUCUCUCACACACACACUCUCCCUCAUACACACCUACCCCCUUUGGCCAACAUAUCUUUACAGAUCUCAGUCACACCCUAUUCCCUAUAUAGUGAUCUACUGUAUAUAUGCACAGGCCAAUCCACUAGUGGGGGUGUGGUCAUCAAGGGUCUGAAGCUGAAGGACUGAAUAGUUAAGGUGUGUGUAUAUGACUGCCCCCAUCCACAACCCCCCCUGUCACUUUGUGCCAUUUUGUUUUGUAAAUAAAAUAGUUUUGCACAAA